AUGCUCGCAAUAGCUGCGUUCCACAGGGUUACUGUGUUUGUCAGUGCAGCACUGCUCCUCUCUCUUCUCUUUGGGUCGGAAGCGAGGCGACACGAGGGUUCGCAAAAUCAUGGGAUGAGUGGUGUUGGCUCAACUAGAAAUCAUCGGGCACAUAGGACAUUGCAAUCGUGGGCUAUACGGCACAAAUCAAAGCCCAAGCGUAGAGUACGAGGGUGUGGGGAGAAUGGGCGUGAUUCUGGUUCUAUCUUGACCUUCCUGCAACCGACUUCGGAGAGAGUGGCUACCUGGUUUGGACCUCAAAUCAGUCGGGAUGAACUUUUGCAAUGCGUACAGCCAGAGGAAUUCAAUCACGGUUAUGUGGGUAUGACGAACCCAUUCCUUCACCUUGCUGAUCAAUGCGAAGAAGCGGUGCUCCUGGCUGCUGAAACUGGCAAUAUGAAACUUACAAUUCCGGCAUCACAAAAGGAGAAGGAAACUGAAAAUGCCUGGUGGCCUUCGAAUUCCUUUCUUCCAUCUCGUCAGAAGGACUGGCGGAUACUGACUUAUCGGCAAAGAGUUGGAAAAGGAAGAGAAUGUUACGAAAGAGUUCGAGAUGCUGCGCUAGAUUGGGAGUUUCAAACCAACGAUGGUGUGAUGGGCAUGUUGAAGAUCCCAUCUGCGUCAUCUGUUCAAAAGAUGGCUUCCAAGGUGAACGAGCAAAAUGGAAUAGAAAGAGGAAGUUAUUCUGUGCGACGAGAUCCAAUCAAUGAUGUUCAAGAACCACUUGCAUUCCACAGGGGCAUUGGAUCCUUUCGUCGCAUGGUCACAUUCAGCGCAUCCGAAUUGCCAUUUCGCAGAAAGGUAUACGCGGUGAACCCCGUAAUGGUGAUUUAUGAUUUGGUAGAUCAGCGUUCUUCUGGUACCACCUUUACAUCGAGUGCUUACGCAACAAUGAAAGGACACUUGAUUCGCGGGGAAGAGCGGCUGACCGUCGCCUUAAGAGAUAGGGGAGAAGAUGUCGAUGUCGAAAUCGUUUCCAUUAGCAAGCCUGGGAACUCGCUCAAAGGAAAAUUUGCAUGGCCUUUUGUCACCAAUAUGCAACAAACUUUUUUCAAACAACAGCUGGGUGCACUGCAAAAGAUUGCUGAUUUAACCUCGUAUGAUAGCCAGAAGGUGGAGUCCGAUGAGCAAUACAACCGGUCAACUAUUCGACAAUCGGCAAACCAUGUAUGCAUACGACGGAUUGACGGCGGCCACUGCAAGCUUUCAUGUGGAAGGAAAAAAGGUCUAGUUGAAGAAAGAUGA